AUGGAUCUCGUCGAUAUAUCGCCUUCCAAAAAAAAUCCUCGUGGAAAAUUUGUUGGUACUGGUCAAAAGCAAAUAAUCAUUAAUCUGUACAAAGAGAAGAUCAAACAACAAGAAGAAAACCCAGACAGCCCCCAAUUGACCUACAGACAAAUGCUGUUAGAAAUCUCUAAAUCAAGUGGUAUUGGGCAACGGACGAUACAAACGACAUUGGCUGAAUACAAAAAAAAAGGUACAGUUUCAUCACCUAAUAAAAAAAAAAUUAGACCUACAAUACUCGAAAAAGUAGAUAGUUUUGACAAACAAGCUAUCAGACGAAAAAUACAUGGCUUUUGGUUGAAUCGUGAAGUUCCUACUAUACAAAAAAUGUUGAUAGCUAUUAAUGAAGAUGAAACUCUACCAAACCUCAAACGUUCUUCAUUUCGUAAAAUAUUAAAAGAUUUGCAUUUUGUUUACGCGAAAAAAUCCCGCAAUAGUGCGCUUAUUGAAAGAGAGGACAUAAUUAUUUGGCGUGGUAAAUAUUUAGAUCAAAUAAGAAAAUACAGAUCACAAAACAGACCAAUAUACUACCUUGACGAGACGUGGGUAAACGCAGGUGAAACCCAUAGCAAAGCAUGGCACGACAGUACGGUCAAUUCACCUCGAGAAGCAUUCCUCACAGGGCUCACAAUGGGACAAAAGGAACCCUCGGGAAAAGGCAAGAGACUCAUUGUGUUACACAUAGGAUCAACUGACGGUUUCGUACCGGGUGGCCUUUUAUGUUUUGAGUCAAAAACCAACUCAUCGGACUAUCAUGAUGAAAUGAAUGGCAGUACUUUCUUUGAAUGGUUUGUAAAAAUGCUGCCGUUACUUAAAGAAAAUGCUGUCAUAGUGAUGGACAACGCCGCCUAUCAUUCUGUGAAAAAAGAUCGUAUUCCAGUGAUGUCAUGGAAAAAGCAGGAAAUAAUAAAUUGGCUGGAAAGUAAGGGCGAGAACAUUACUUAUCCAACAACAAAAGGUUCAUUAUUGUCUAAAGUCAGAACAAUACAUACGGAUGGCCAUGAGAAAUACGUUAUUGAUGAGUAUGCGAAAGAUAACAAUAAAACAAGGUAUGUCCGUACUCACAAUACUACCUUUAAAUUAAAAGAUGUAAAAGAAUUGCUGAAAAGAGGCGUGGAACUAGUAACACCGGAAAUGUGGACGAAUUUCGUUGGGCACGUCAUCAAGGAGAAAGAAAAAUUUUGGAAAAUCGACAACAUAACAGACGAUUUUAUGGACGAAGAACCUGAAGAAGGAGCACGUCAUAUCCUAACAAUAGGUGAUACAAGUUCGGAUUCUGACUCGGAUUAA